UGUUACCUCCAGACGACUGUGUUGGUGUUUGUUUAUGUGUUCAUUCUUUAAUAAACACCUCUGACCAGGCCGUGCUAAAGAGGCUCGAUAUGUAAAAAGUACAUUAUAUAAUGUACAUUUCUUUAUUCAAAACAGUCCGCUUUAGAUAUUUAUUUAUGUGCAUAUUUACCACUUUUCUCCUGGGAUGUGCUAUAUCUCUCUAUUCGAUACCGACUGGGGCCAAGGAAGUAUGCGAGUGCAAGGAAGUGGUUCAUGAGGACAAGGAAGUUAACAGCGAACACACACUGGGAGUGGUUGUACCUUUCAGAGAACGCCUCGAAGAAUUGCUGGAGUUUGCGCCUCACAUUCGAUCAUUCCUGAAUAAACAAAAAGUCAAACAUAAAAUCUUUGUUAUUAACCAGGUGGACCAGUAUAGAUUCAACAGGGCCUCAUUGAUAAAUGUGGGUUUCAAAAUUGCUACAGACGAAGGCUGCGAUUAUAUCGUCAUGCACGACGUAGACCUGCUGCCCUUGAAUCCAGCCUUACCUUAUACAUACCCAAAAAAUGGUCUUUUCCAUGUAGCUUCUCCUGAGAUUCACCCUCGAUACCAUUACCCUACAUUUGUAGGAGGAAUACUUAUUAUUAAAAAAGAAGAUUUUAUGUUGGUAAACGGAAUGAGUAAUAAAUAUUGGGGCUGGGGGUUGGAGGAUGACGAGUUUUUCUUGAGGCUGAAGGAAGCUGGCCUUAACAUCUCGAGGCCGUCCAAUUUAACGACAGGGAUUGAAAACACCUUCAGACACAUUCACGACAGAGUAUGGAGAAAACGGGACAUGGUUAAAUGUUUCAACCAAAAAGAAGUGACAAGGAGAAGGGAUAGGGUUACGGGGCUUAAAGACGUCUCCUACUAUAUUAAAUCGAGGCAACAUCUCACAAUCGAAGGGGCCUCGCUCACAAUGAUAAACACGCUAUUGAGGUGCAACAGGACAAUCACACCUUGGUGCCUUUGUUCGGAAGAAAGGAAAAAUAAAAUAGAUAAGUCACCUAGAUUUUACAAAAAAUCAUCCCCCAUCAGAUGACCAUCGGGAAAACCUUGUAUAUAAUUCUAUUUUAUUGUACUUCGGGAAAAAAAUCCAUUUUUUAUCUACUGCUUUGUUUUUGUUUAAAUUAAGCAGUAUUUAUCUGUCCAUUUUUUAUGAUCAUUGAUGAAAUUGUUCUAAAAAGUAAUAAGUGUGACAAAUUACAGGAUGGACAAAUUGUUUCAAAAAUUUUAUAAGAUGUCAUUCAAAAGAGGAUAAUUACUCAAUUAAUUUUUAAAGAUUUAUAACAGCCCAAGGAAAGCAACAUGUAAUUAUAUUUGUAUUUUAUUGUGUGAAUGUAUAAUAAAUGACCAGUUUUAUAAUAAUAGGUAAAAAAAUUGGGGAUGAAAGUAUUGUCAUAAAUUUCAGCAAUUAUCAUGACCAUCUGGCUGUAAAAACUAAGUUAGCAUAUUGAAUGCUAUAUUGUGAAUGGUGAGUCUUGUAGCUGGAUGACUAGCAAAUACUAUAUUUACUAAUAGUAUUUAUUUAUUUACCUUUAAUCUCAGGUGAUGAUGGAAUAUUGGUUAUUAUCAUUUGACAACCAUAACAUUCUAUACAAAAAAUAUAAAUAUGUGUAUAAUAUAAAGUGAUAUAUAGUUUUUGUUUUUUAUAGAAUAAU